AUGGCUCUCAGCAACGCUCUCAAAAUCGAAUACAGGCAACUCGGUAAAUCUGGCUUAAGAGUCAGUGUACCUAUCUUGGGUGCCAUGAGCAUUGGGGAUCCUAAUUGGAAUGGCUGGCCGUUAGGUGAAGAGCAGGCUUUACCUCUCUUGAAACACGCUUGGGAUAGAGGUGUUAAUACUUGGGAUACCGCCAAUGUUUACUCGAACGGCGAAUCCGAAAGAAUCAUUGGCAAGGCUAUCAAGAAAUACAACAUCCCACGAGAACGUCUCAUCAUCCUCACAAAAUGCUAUUUCCUGACCCACGAAGAAAGCUCUGCCAACACUUUCGCCAUGGGCUAUCUUAAAAACACUCGGGACUACGUGAACCAGUCCGGACUCGGUCGUCAAGCCAUCUUCAACCAAGUUGACGCGUCGCUCAAACGUCUCGGGACCGACUACAUCGAUCUCCUCCAAAUCCACCGAUUCGAUGCCAGUACGCCCGUUGAAGAGACCAUGGAAGCUCUGAACGACCUCGUCAGAAUGGGCAAAGUGAGAUACUUGGGUGCUAGCUCUAUGUGGACAUGGCAAUUCCAGAUGAUGAAUUACGUCGCGGAGAAGCACGGAUGGACAAAGUUCAUCAGCAUGCAGAACCGUAUGAGUCUCUUGUAUCGUGAAGAAGAACGCGAAAUGCUCGCAUACUGCAAUUUCGCCGGUAUUGGUGUCAUCCCUUGGGGUCCGCUCCACGCAGGUUAUCUCGCCCGCCCUCUCGGCACGGCCACACCACGAAACGAAGCCCUCAAGGGUACUGGAUUCGACCGUGUCCUCACUUCGACAGAUAAGGCCAUUGUCAACCGUGUAGCUGAAGUGGCCGAGCACAAGAAGUGGACUAUGUCCCAGGUUGCACUCGCCUGGAUCCUCACAAAGGUCUCUAGUCCUAUCGUCGGUUUGAAUAAGCCCGAGCGAGUAGACGAGGCCAUUAUUGGAGAUAAGAGGCUUUCAUCCAACGAGAUUGCUUACUUGGAAGAGCUCUAUCGACCAUUAAACGUUGUGGGCCACUAG